UGAGCGCUGCCCGGACCUAAAAAUACCAGGUUCGUACGUUCACGACCGCGUAUGUGUACUGCAGGUCUUGUCCAGCAAGUUUACUCGGUAAUUUAUUCCUGAUCCUGUUGACUUACCGCAAUAUUUAAGAAACGAGUCAACAGGCAUCGAGAAUGAAAUGAAAGGGUUCUUCACGCCAAAGUUGAUGGAUUCGUUGUUGAAUGGGCUAAGACCAAUGGAGACAAAGUGCACGACCAGCUUCCGUUUGUGGGUCAGCCUUCUCAUUCUGGUGAUAAUCGUAACAACAAAGCACCUGAAAAUGACAAAUGCAACCAUGCAAGCUCCUUUUCAGGUGUCUGCCCCAUCUGAAGUCAGCUACAAGGAUCCUGUGAUAUUUAUCUUUCAAACGGAUUACACCAGGGAACCCUACAUCAUGUGCUCUUGGGAUUUUGGUGACGAGAAUCAACUGUUCACUACUGCUACAGAAUUACAGCUGGGGAUAUCACAUCAGUACUCUCAUCCUGGAUAUUAUACUGUGUUGACAUCAUGUCAAACCUCAUUUGGCCGAAUUUACCACCACACACAAGUUGCUGUUUUCCGUGAUAUUGACUGGCUUCAGUGUGUUAUCACAGACACCAAUGCAGUGGUGCAAGAAAUCUUCCGGUAUGGUAGCAACAUCGUUGUCCACUACAGACAUGAGUACACAAUAGGGUUACACUACAGCCUUCUCAUAGACAACGUGGAGGUGUAUGAAGCAAUUGCAUCAACAAUGAAAAUCCAAACAACGGUGGUUGAAGACAGCCUGAUCAUCACAGAAUAUCUCCAGCAUCUUAUCUCACUGGGGAGCCAUGACUUAACACUCCGCGUCAGGAACGGCCGCGUGGAUCUACAAUGCCUGAGUACCUUCACGCUGAUGAACCCAGUCUUGGGGGUCACCCUUGCCUCCAGUCAUUCCACUGUGAUUCCCAGAGAUGAUGUCCUACUGGCAGUGACGGCCGAGUCAGGAUUCCCUGCAAUGAUUGAAUGGAGCAUCACAAAUGGUCCAUCAGUUGUCUUGAGAGUGCUGAAAGAGAGGCAGGGAAGAUUACCAGAGGAUGUUGAUCAGAUGACAAUAUCACUUUUAGAAAUUGCAGAGUACCAAAUCUGUGCCAAGGUCUACAAUAACUUCACAUCUGAAGAGGCCUGCAUAAGCAUAGUAACUCAAUACCCUGUUACAUCCGUAAUAUUGGAAUCCAACACUCCUAUUAACUUUGCAGUUGGGAAUACCGUUCAAUUUUCUGUGCAGUUUUUGGAUCGUCCCAUCCCCACUAGCAUGAGGUAUUCAGUGGAUUUUGGAGAUGGUGCAAGUGGUAAUUCCUCCAUGGUUGGAAUUACAGACUCAAGUUCUUUCCUUAUCAUACCACACACCUACACCACACCCGGAAUCUACCAUGCCACACUUCAUGUCUGCAAUGACCUGAGCUCCACUGUGAAUAGUACCCGUGUGGCAGUACUGCAGCCAAUCACUCACAUGACGAUCCGUCUCUCCCACCACAGUGGAAUCUACUUCCCAAGCAGUGAAAGAGAUUGGUUUUGGCAGGAACCACUAUUCCUCCAUCCAAUAGUGACAGAGAAUGAAUAUUCAUUUGAGUUAAAAGGAACUGGCACUCCUGAGCUUGUUACCUGGAGAGUAGCUGGGCACACUCAGACAUACCACAUGGAAACUACUGGUAGAAAUCUGUUUUACAGGUUUCCUUCCAAUGGGACUUUCAAUCUUCAAGCAACUGCCAGCAAUUUCUACUCAAGUUAUACUACAGUGGAUGCAUCAGUGCUGGUACUAGAUGCCAUUGUUAGUCUUUAUCUGGUCAGCAACAGCCCAGGGAUUGUAGGUGAACCGAUCACAUUUGUUGUACUUGUGGAAAGUCUCGGCUCAAACUCAUCCUUCAGCGUCAGCUACGGGGAUGGGUUUUCAGAGCCAUUACCCGAGCCUCAGCACAACAUUGACAUUAUGCAAUUUGUUCCACGGAAUCUUGCUCUGCCAACCGACCCAGCAAAGUCCUAUGCCACAGUCAUGAAUCACACCUACCAAGAGGUUGAUUUCUAUGCACCACGGGUUACUGGCUCCAAUCUGGCAAUGGAAUGGAUCGCCAUCACCUACGUUUAUGUCCAAGAUGUUGCACACCUUUGCAGGAUACCGGUCAUUCACAUACGAGAUGGUGGCAGUAGCUACUACCUGGCUAAGAAGUACAGCCGAAGUAAAGCAUUCAUCUUUGGUGCAUCAGUUGAGAUCAACUGCCAACAGGCCAAGCGAGCACACUACCAAUGGAGGGUUUAUACAGUUGACAGCUUAUUCACAGUCCCAAGCCCAUCCAAUGAGGUUGGCCUGCCACCUAGCGUCAACGCACAGGCUGCAGAUAUGUACAUUCCGGGGUUCACUCUGGGGUAUGGCAUGUACAUCUUUCAACUUUCCGUCACUUUGGUGAUGAAGGAAGAGAGUGAAGCCAGUAUGGAGAAUGUUGCCCAUAGUUAUAUUGAAGUUAUUCCUGCUGGUCUUGUAGCUAGAAUCAGGGGAGGAUCAGCACUGGCAACAGGCUGGUAUUCCAACAUCACUCUGGAUGCCUCAGACUCCUUUGAUCCAGAUCAGACGCCAGACAGGGCAUCGCUGGGACUCAGUUACACGUGGUAUUGUCGCAAAUCUAAUGAGCCUUUCCCUGAGAACAUGACACUCACUCCUCAUAACAGACUACCCUCCACAGGUGGCUGUUUGGGGAAAGGAUUCCUCCUGUCUCAGACCAGUACCUCAGUGGUUAUUCCAGCUCAAACCCUGACUGGAAACCAGAGUUAUGUUAUCCUCCUGAAACUGUCGAAAACUGGUCGUGAGAGUGCAUAUGCUGAGCAGACAAUUAUUAUUCUUCUUGGACAUCCAAACAGCAUUUACAUUAGGUGUUUGAUGAACUGUGGGUCCCAGCUUAAUCCUUCUGCCCGACUGGUCUUGGCUGGACUGUGUCCUGACUGUACAGCUUCCACUCGGCCUUCUUUUGAAUGGUCACUAAGAUCAAGUAACCACAGCACAGCAGCACCUGCCCUGGACUGGGCGAGGAAUACUACAACUGGGAAGCAUCACCCUUACCUUGCCAUCAACGCCGGGACAUUCUCUGGAUCCAGUCAGGAGACGUACACCAUUCACCUACAAAUGCAGAGCAGGAGUGGAUCAAUCAGCUUUGCAGAGUACACAUUCACAGUGAACUCCCCUCCAACCACUGGCAACUGCACCAUCACACCAGCAGAAGGGGUUGUCCUGACAACACACUUCUCCAUCAUCUGUGAGCACUUUGAGGACAUACACACCCCACUUACAUACGAGGUGCACACUCUAAAAGCAGCAGAGAGGUCUGUUGGGGUCGGCGCUCAUGCUGAUGCCUCAGUAGAAGACACUCUCCUCUUCUAUGGAUUGGACCCAAACAUUCCAGCAACCCUCCUUCCCCUCGGCCAACCCAGCCAAGGCUACAGGGUGGACAUUAAGAUCAAAGUGACCGACUCUUUGGGUGCCAGUGUCUACACAUUGCUAUCUGCUGUAGUACGGGAGUCGGAGAGCGAUGACCCAGAGGCACUGGCCCUGCAACUGACCUCUGACAAGUACUCCAAACUGAACCAGCUGAUGGAAGAAGGAAAUGUCCAGGCAGCCACGCAGGUCAUCACCAGUGUCGGCUCCUUACUGAACCUGAAGUCAGAAAGGGACAACCAGCAUCAGGAUCAUGGGGUCAUUGAACAGGCUGUUGAGAACAAACACAAGGAAGAACUGGAGGAUCAAAAGAAAAAACGAGCGCAGGCUAGAGAGUCUCUUCUCGACAUGCUGAGUAAAGUCAAAGUGAAUAGCUUGGAAUCCAUACAGCUCACUUCAUCAGCCAUCUCCCAGGUCACCAGUGAAGUUGAGGAGAUAUCUCCACAAGCACAGGUGUCUACUGCUUCUGCUUUCUUGAGUAUGGGAUCUUGGCUGAAGGAGCAAGCUGAUAUGGGUGUGGAUGGAGACGUGGUCGAGGGGGCAGCCACGUCUAUGGUAUCAGGGUUGUCCAACAUCAUGAGUUCUGCCACCAUUACACAAAGUGGAAAUGUUUCGGACUACGGGCCAAUUUUUGAGAGUGAGAGAACCCAGCAGACUCGUAACGUCACUAUGGCUUCCCUCCAUGCCCUGGACGACAUGCAGGCUGCCAUCUUGCUCAACAAGGUGCCCGGAGAGCAACCCACCAUCCUGCAGACCAGCUCCCUGUCAGUUAUCCUACAGAGGCAAGAGAAAAGAGGCCUGGAUGGGCUGGUGUUGCAGACUGAGAACUCAGACGUGGUGUUCCGCUUACCAGCAGGGUUGAGCACAGUCAUCGAUCAGCACCAAGCAUCCUCAAAUAAUGAAGUCAUCGAUACACAGAUUCAUCACUUUCAACAGAAUCCUUUCUCUUGGGCCAAGAGUAGCAGCUUGGUGACAACUCAUGUGACCAGCUUGAGACUAGGACACGGCGAUGACCAAUCAGAGAUCGCAGUACAGACUCUGCCACAAAAUGUGGAAAUAAUGGUAACCAAUGGCGACAGUGUCAUGCCAGUCCUCCAACCACUGGCUGGUCAGCAAACCAAUCACAGCUACUCCUUCAAUGUGACCAAUCCAGAUGCAGCUGUCAUCAUCAGGAUCCAGUUGAACCAAUCAUCUGGGCUGACAGAAGUCCUUCCACUGCAUUUGUGCCUCCGAUUCGAGUUGGCAACAAGCGAUACUGAACCACUAUGCAACGCCUCUGUUACCAUGCCACGGGCUGCAACAGACCCCCACGUGUUCCUGAACAGCACAAACAUGACCUUUGACCCUUACCUCUGGGUCAUCCCGAGCGAGAACUUACCUGAAGUUGGCAGGUAUUACCUGACACUGGACGGAGGGGAUGGCACUGAUGUGACUAAUAAGCAGUAUCAUGUGUAUGCUUUCAGUACACAGUGUUUGUUCUGGGACAAGACAAGAGAAGAAUGGCUAGGUGACGGCUGUAAGGUUGGUCCUUUCACCACUGCAGCCCAGACCCACUGCCUGUGCAACCACCUCACAUCCUUUGCAGCCAGCUUCCUGGUUCUCCCAAAUCCAGUUGACCUGACGGACUUUUCCCUGUUUGCCACCAUUCCAGAUAAUCCCAUCACCGUGGUAACGGUUGCCGUGGUGUUUGUCCUCUUUGGGCUGUGCGCAGUGUGGGCACACAGGAAGGAUCGUAUAGAAAGAGAGAAGGCUCGACUCAUAAUCCUGGCAGAUAAUGAUCAAGAGGACACCUACCGUUAUCACGUCACUGUCUUCACUGGGGUGCGUCGAGGGGCCGGCACGACAGCCGUCGUCACCCUGACUCUUCAAGGCAUCGUGGGAAACAGUGAGCCACAUGUGCUGUCCAGUGACAGAGAACAUCACAAAGUGUUACAGAGGAGCAGCGUUGAUUCUUUCCUGCUGACAACAAGGGAAUCGUUGGGAAUACUACGAUCGGUACGGUUGUGGCAUGACAAUGGAGGCAGCAGCCCUGCAUGGUACCUUAGCCGCAUCCUGGUCCAUGAUCUAGAGACAGACCGCUGGUGGUAUUUCCUGUGCCACACCUGGAUUGCAGUCGAUCUCAGUGAUGGCAAAAUUGACAAGACAUUUCCCGUGGCUAACACAGAGGACCUGAAGGACUUCCACCACUUGUUCUUCACCAGGAGCGUCCGGGACAUGAAGGACAACCACCUAUGGUUGUCCGUGCUGUCCCGGCCUCCCCGCAGCAGCUUCACCCGGCUCCAGCGUGUGGCCUGCUGCUUUUCUCUCCUCCUGUCCUCCAUGCUGAUGAACAUAAUGUUCUACAAGGUCGGCGAGGGGGAGCCUGAUAAGACCUACAACUUUGGGGUGAUGAGCCUCUCCGUUAAGACCAUCGUAAUAGCAACCGAGGCGAGCCUGCUGGCAUUACCUAUCAACCUGGCAAUUGUGCAGAUUUUCAGGGAGGCCAGACCAAGGGAGAAAGAGGAAGUAGAGAUUGUACCUGCGAGCGAGUCGGGAGAUUCACAAGAUCAAACUUAUCAAGAGCAGGAGGACAAAGGUAGCUUGGACCCGCAAGGUGUAAAUCUCUCAAAAGCAGGAUGUGCUGACACUGAUGCCUCCUUAAGGUCUUCAAGCAUCCAGUCUCAAACCUCAAGCAUGCCAAAGUCAGCAUCAAGAGGCUCUACACAACACAAAGUAAGUCAACCACAAAACCCCAGGAGGGAGGACACCAAACCACUUGCCAGCCGUGAGUCUUUGCCAGAGAGAGACAUUUUCAGCAGUGACAAAGCAUAUGAGGAGUACACUGAUAAGUAUGCAGAGUUUGUAUAUCUGAGAAGUACUUGUACAAGUGCCAAUGCAAGUAGCCACAGGUCACUGGAAACUGGCAGCUGGCACAGUAUGAUACCGUUAGAAAGGAAUCCUUCAAGCAUACAUGCUCAACAAGCUUUCCGGCUAGACCUGUUGCCAGAGUGUGAUCAAGCCUUAAUGUCGACCAACAUGACAGAACUGACCAAAACAGCCAGAAACUCCAAUGCAAACCACAACUCAUCCAGUAGUGAAUCGAGCAUACAGCCGCGCUCUUCACAGUCCAACACAACUUCCUGCAGUGCCAGCAGCAUCAAGAUUCUCAUUUCACCAUCCGAGGAGUCAUCCAUUGAUCCAGGCUCGUCUGACUCAGUCAUUUAUACGUCUUAUCAGGACUUCCUGAGCUCCCGUCUCAAUCGGCUGUACGAACAGCUUCACAAUCCUUCGCCAGGCCUCUUCAGGAGUGACCAGGACCGGCAGAAGGCCCUGCGCAAGUUCAAACUGGCACUGGCCCUGCAUGGCUGGAGAGAGGAAAGGGAGAGGGAAUCGGGGUCGGAGAGUUCAAAUGAGACCCUGCCAGAGCAAAAAGACAAGGUGCAGAAAUUGUUCAGUGGAAGGGGGUUUCUGCCAUGGUGGUGGGUCUACAUCGGCUGGUUCCUUGCCAUAUCCUCCAGUCUGUUUGCUGCUUAUCUGAUUAUUCUCUAUGGCCUGACUUUUGGCAAGCAGAAGUCCCUGGACUGGCUGGUCUCCAUGAUCGUCUCACUGUUCCAAAGCAUUGUUGUGAUCCAACCAGUGAAGGUCAUUGCCAUAGCGGCUUUUUUUGCCAUUGUUUUGAAAUCUUAUGAUUACGACGAAAUUGGAGUGACAUUCUUUAAGCAGCUCAAGAUAUAUGCAGGUGGCCAACAGUCCAGCACCACUAGCACCCAGAGCAAGCACAGAGACUCCCACUUCUACCAGCCUCCCACUGGCCGAGCCGUGGAGCAAGCACGAGAGAAGCGACACGCAGAGAGGAAGAUGUACUCCCUGAUCAAGGCCUUCCUUGGCCAUCUGGUGUUUAUCUGGCUGGUGCUGCAGGUCAGCAUUGCCCAGCGGGAUCCUGCUGGCAUCUACCUCAGCCUGGCCAUGAGGAGUAGCUUCACGACAAAACUCGACCAGGUAAAAACAAUGCCAGAUGUGUACACAUGGAUAAAGGGUGAAUUUGCUCCAAGUCUGUAUGAAGCCGAGCCUGGCACUGCUUUGCAGGAAUCCCUUCUUGUGGGCAGCCCGAGAUUACGCCAGCAGAGAGUUAAACCAGGCUACUUACAACACUGCAGGGAGCUAGACACUUACCGAUACUUGCGUCCUGGAUGCUAUGCUGUCCGUGGCACUGAGUUGGACCAAGGUGCUUACAAUGCAUCUUGGACUCAGCCUCUGUCAUCUAAUAACACAUCACAGCAUCAGUCCCGCAGUCCUUGGGUCUACCAGUCCCACUGGCAGGCAAAGGGGAGCUACUUCCUGACAGACCCCGGGCGCUACAACCGCGGGGGUUUCCUUCUGGAUCUUGGUACAACUCGGGCCUCCACAGCCAAUCAGACAGCCCUCCUGCAGGACUUGGGCUGGGUCGAUCAGUACACCCAGGCGAUAAUCCUGGAGUGGGUGGUUUACAAUGCCAACACAAACCUCUUCUGCGCGUGCACUGUUGUGUUUCGCGCCGAAGGAACCACCACCGUGGUGCCCUCUCACGAGUUUGCGAUUGUUUGCAUCUACCGUUACACCAACAAGUAUGACAAGUUUGUGGUGAUUCUGGAAGUGCUGUAUGUCAUGGUUGUUACUGUCAUCAUGGGAAUGGAAGUUCUCAAGUGGAAGAACAAUCGCAGGGAAUACUGGGCAUUCUGGAAUGUCCUAAAUAUUGCCAUCAUUAUUCUAUCCAUUUCAGCAACCACAGCAUACAUAUGGCAGCACGUCUUAGCCAACAACAUCAUGCAGCUGUACAAAGCCAACCACAACAUGCAUCUCAGCUUCGCCGAUAUAGUCGUCCUGGACUCCGUCUUGGUCACCAGCCUGGCUUCCGUGGCCUUCUGCAGCCUCCUCAAGUGCCUCAAGAUUCUCCACUACAAUGACAGCAUGUACCUACUCCACAGCACGUUCCGCAGACUCACCAAGACUCUCCUCAUAUACCUGUCCAUGUUGACUGUCACCUUUGUGGCAUUUGCAUACUACGGCUACCUCAGCUUUGGCCGUCAGUUCAGGGAUUUCUGCGACCUUCUGCGAUCCAUCCAGUGCGUAUUCAUGCUCAUCCUCCGCAGGUACAGCGACAUGCUGGACAUCAUGGAGGCGUUUGGGAUGCAGGCGUACUUUUUCUUUGCGCUGGCCAACUUCUUCCUGAUCGCAGUCAUCGUCAACCUGUUCAUUGCCAUGCUGCUGCACUGCUACUCUGCAGCCAGGAGUGAGUUUGUCCGGUACAAGGACCACGACUUGGUGUCCAUGCUGACCGAAUGGUUCCUCUCGGCUUUCUCCAUCAAAGGGCAAUACAAGAGGGUGCACAAGCACAACAGCAUUGCCUCACUGGAGUCACUUUAAAGGUUUGUGACAUAUUUGAAACAAAUCUACUUUAAAGGUUUGUGAUAUAUUUGAAACAGAUUUACCCAACGAUCAAGACAUUCCUUUUACUCCCAACAAGACUUUAGGUGUGCUGUGUUGCUGAUCAAAAAAUUCACAUAUUUUCUGUGCUGCGUAUAUGUAGAAAAUUAAUUUGUUCUUGCAUGUAGCUGUGUAUUGCAUGUACCAGUCCAUCAAAUACACAUGUACAAAGUCAAAAGCAAAUGGUCAAGACAAGAGUUUUAACUCUUGUACAUGAACAUUCUGUCAGUUCUUGUGGAUACAUGGGGUUGGAUAUAAAUCUCAGCCUGUACAAUGGAAGGGAAAUGAGAACCUCUCUAUCGACUGAACAGACAAGCUGCACACAAUUUCUUCUAAACACCUGUCCGAGCAGCACACAUGGAGCAAGCUUUCUCAAAGCAGCCAGUGAAUGGGAACUAACAGAACAUGGGUUAUUAUUUAACCUGAACUCUGUCUCUCUCUCGGUGUCUUUUGAAGAAAUGUCCAUCAACUAGUAGCAACAUCCAAAACUGCAUAACGCAGUAGUACAUUUGAAGCACUCAAACAAAAUGGGAGGAGAGCCAUGUGUACAGUAACUGGAGAAUCCAGGCUUUUUGUGGCC